UCCCCCCACCCUCUCCCCCCAUCUCCAGCUCCCUACUCCCUAGCUGCCUGUGCUGCGAGAGCUGCUUCAGCUGUGUGUUUGCGGAUCCGCUCUUCCUCUGGCUGAAUAAUUGAAGGGGGAAACGGUAUCUGAGGAGGCUGUAAUUGAAGAGCCCCUGUCACCUCUGCUUUUAUGUAUGUUAGUGUAGAAGUCCAUCAGCAGCUCCUUGAUGGUGUAUUAAAAUGAAGUGGCAGCCCCUUCUGCAGAAGAUACCGUAUUCUAUUAAAGGAGACCAAGUGAGAGGGAGAGAAACUCUAGAGGCUAAAAGCCACUUGAAGUCUUCAGACCGAUUGAUCUGUAUUCUCUUGUUAUAAUCCGUCUCAUCAUACUUGAGUUAAUGAGGCAAAGGAGGGGGAGCGAAAUCUGAUGGUCCUUGACAAAUUCAUUAGGGAGGCUGCAGGACAUUUUAUUUGACUGUUAAACAUCUUGUUUGUUUGGUUUAGGCAGUGCCAACAUCAGCAUGCUUCUGCCCAGAGCUAUGGUGUUGGGCUAGCUACAGUUCCUGCAAGGAGAAGGAGGACGCUAAGGGUGUGAAUGGGUUUUUUUUGUUUUGGAUUGCUUGUAGUCAGAACCUGCAGACUUCUCUAGGCUGUACCAUCACCAUCAUUACACUAGGAACAUUUUAUGAGGAUGUAGAUAAUACCAAGAUGGGCAUGCUUUUGGUAACUAUAAACUAAAGUAUGUGUAUCUUUAAAACUUCAGUCUGAAAAUUCCAAUCAUUUAAAAAAAUUGAAUCAAAUUAUAGCAGUUACUGUAUUAGUUGUUACAAUUAGUUUUAGUUUUUUGAAAUGUAACUGUUUAAGGUCCAGAGAAGUAGCCAGAUUACAAAUAAUAUCCUGUUUUUGCUUGCUUAUGAUUAAAUCAACUGGUAAUUAUCAAUUGACUAUUCUCUUUAGUGAAACAUUUAUUGAGUACAGAAACUUGGAAAUGAAAAAAAAUUAGCUACUUAAACAAAUAUGAUAAUCCCAAAAGGCAAUUGGCAUAUUUUAAUUUCAGGGCCAAUUAUACCAGGUACUUUAUAAAUAGUGCAAAAAUAAGGUGAUAGGUUGAGGGAGAAUAUAUUUUACAAACCAGAAAAUACUUCCAAUUAAAGAACAAUAGGCAAAUAAGCUAAAAUGCUAACUUUAUAAUUUUUUAUUCUAAGAUAAUAUAGUACUUGAUUUUCUCAAAAUUCUCAUGAAAAGAAGUAAACGAUCCAAUUGCAUAGACACUUCGGUUAUGUAUUUCCUCAGCAAUUGACUUAAACAGUCUCAGCUGAAGUGCUUUGAGAAGCAAACCCUGUCUUCCAUUUAUAGGACAACAGUAUGGGAGGAAAAAGAAAAAGUAAUGCCCUUUGCCUGCCAUUUUUGUACAUUCCUGCCCUGCUGAUGAAGCUUGAACUGCUGUAGGGAAUGUAUGGAUUUGAAAAGAAAUGACUCAGUAGUUCAUGUUGUGUUUCUCAGAAGCAAAACCAAACUAAUGGCUGAAGUCAGUGCUUCUGUACAUCUGACAGUUAUAAUCCUGUUUACAUUUCCAGAACAUACAGAAUUCUUAAACUGUUUUAUUUUUUGUUGAUCUUUCCUCAGAAAUGUGUGUAUGGAGUUACAACUUGGUGCAUUCUCUAUUUUAUCAGAUCACCGAGACUUAUUUUAUUAUCUGUAGAAAUAGUAUAUAGUAUUUCAGUAAUCUUUACUAAAGAGUACACACAUUUUAGAUUAUAUGAUUUUGUUUUCCAGGAAAAGUCUUUAAAAAAUAAUCAGAUUAUUUAUUGACUUAAUAUUCUUUGAAGCAUUUAUGCUUUAGAAAACAAAGGACCACAUGUUUACCUGUACUUAUUUUAUUCUCUAACUUUGAAGCACUUAUGUGGUUGCUAAAUCUUUAUCUACAUAAUCAUUUGACAUGUUUAUAAAGAUGUUUGAUUCCUAAGAAAAUUCAUCAUGUUAGGUCAGUGAAAGGUCAGAAUGUAAAUGGGGAAAUAAAACAUUAUUAAAAUCUCUGACUUUAAAAACUAUUCCAGUAAAAACGAAAAGUAAAUAACAGGUACAAUUUGUUAGUGUGUAGUUGAUGAAAUUUUAUUGAAGCAAUUAUAUCAAAAUAUCUGUAAGAAGCUUUAACAAAAAUAGUGGUGAGAUUAUACUAUCCAAAUUAAAAGUCAAAGUAAAAUUAUAUUUCAUUCUCUUGUCAAGUGAUCUAAUUUUACAAAACUCUGAAGUAUCAUAGAGACUGUUUCUAAGCUAUUGGUACUUAGUUCACUUUAGUGUCUGUCAAUUUAAAUGGUCAAACAUAGUGCUGAAACAAAAGUUUUUUUCCGUCUCACAAGAUAGUUUUUUUUUUUUAAAUCUUGUAAUCUCUUGAUUUGUAACCCAAGGGUAUUGUUCUUUUUGAACAGUUUGAAUUUAAGAUAAUGUUCUGUCAGGUAAAAGCAAUAGCUUCAGCUUUGCAUGUGGUAAGUGUAUCAAACUGUACUGAAAGAGAACUUUUUUAUGUACUUUUGACUGGUAUUGUUUUGUGGGGGCCGUGUAAGUUUGUUUAGAUUAUCUUGGAUAAAAUAUAUGAUUAUCGAUGUUUCCACCUAUUAGGCUAUUAUUAAAGCAUAAAAGUCUAAUUGUAAAAUUUUGGUAGGAUGAGAAAAGUGAGAGUAUGAAAUAUGUUAGGUUUUUUCCAAGUUGAAUAACGACUGUAUAUAUGAAUACUUUAUAAACUAUACACAAUUUGAUCUCACCAGAUUGUACAACGAUAGAGUACAGUACUUGUACUCAGAAACAUUAAGUGGCUUUUAACCUGACUGAAAAGUAAAUAUUGUGUUAUUGAGCUAGGAUAUGAAAUUUUAAGAAAACCAAAGUUAAUUCAGUGUUUUUUUUUCAGAAGGUGUUUUCAUCGAGUCUGUGACAGUCUCACUUACGUUGCUGUAUGUCUUUCGGGCUUACCAAGAAGUCAUUUAGCUUUAUCUGAUUUUAAAUAUACACAUUUUUUAUUUGUAGCAAUUAGAUUGUUUCCAUAUAUAGUUAAACAGUUUUCUGGAAAUUUAGAGCAAAUGAAAUUCUUUUUCUUUUAAUAAUUUGGACAUAUAAAUGUACUUUGAGGUAAAUAUUAAAUUUUACCUCCCAACACACUUUGGCUUCCGUAACUCAGUAUAAUCCUCAACAGAUGAAAGGGUAUUUUUAGUACAUUCAAUUCUUAACUAUUUAAGGAAUGAUUAUAUAAUUUGUGGAUUAUUGUUUGAGGCUCUUUCUUAUAAAUAGAGACCCAAAUUUUACUGAUCUUUAAUUUUCCAGAAGAUGUACAGGAAAAUCAGUAUUAGUCAAUAUUGAAUUUGAUGCUAAAGAAAAUCAAAAGCUAAUUUUAUGAUUUAGAGAAGGUGUUAGAGUCUUUGUUUAUGAAGAUAAUACUGUUGACCCACAUUAUGCAGGAUCUGUUUCUUGGGGUUUUAGAGCCACUCAUGUUUCCACUUGCCCUUGCGAUCAGUGCUAGACAUUUAUGAAACAGAUGACUGAGAUUAGGGACAUAGAUGAUACCAGUGCGACACAGUGUUGAAGUUAACUGGUUGGUUCAUUUGGAGUCUAAACUGUGACCUUGUCUUAGUAAUUCACUGAGCUCCAUGUUCUAAACUACCAGUGAACUGAGCUGUACUUUGUUCAAAGUCUAAGGCUUAGCAUUAUGUUCUAUAUUUCUUUCAGAUUAUAUGAGACUUUUUUGUUUAAAAUUAUCAGGAAAGUGUAUCAUAUUGGGUAUAUUUUGGUAUACUUUAUGCAAACUAACCAUUUUAAAUCUUAGUUUAUUUUAAAAUACAUUGGGCCUACAGCACUCUAUAUUAUUGUUGUUAGUAGUAAUUUGGCAUCAAUCUCCUAAAAUUACAGGGAAUUUUAAAUAGACUUAGUGUUAUUUUUAAUGGAAAUGUUAAAAAUCUAGCCUAUUUCUUCCUUCAAUCCUUGUGACUUAGAGUAAAAGUGAUGCACAGAGAAGUUUCUCUGAUUCCUUGUAGCGAAUCAGAGGGCAGCAAAAAAAAAAAAAAAAAAAAUCCUUUACUGGCUCCAAUCUAUGUAUAGAAGACAUCUGUGUAGUAUAAUUGAAAUAAUAUUUGAUGAUCUAAGGAAUGGAAACUUUAACCAUCUGAAAUAAAGCUAGGAUAUAAAACAGCUGUCUUGGCCUAUGGCUAUCAAGGUUCUGCCAGUCUGUUUCUUUUCUGAAUUUUCUCUAUCUUCCCUUAUUAUCUUUGGAUCCUAAAGAGUCAUUCUCUUAUUUUCUGACUAGUUUUGUCUGUAGACAAAAUCUGGGUUAGUAGGUUUAAAUCAGCCUAGAUAGAGUGGAAGAUCUUUGAUCUACGGCUAUGACUGUUUCCAAAUGAUUUGCUUGCUGGGACUAGACACUGUCCAUGCCCUUUCACUUUGCUAUCAGAUAGGUAUAUACAAAGGACCAGAAAGGCUACCAGAUGCAUAAUUAAUCAUCAUAUUAGAUCAGUAAAAGGUUUCAACCAUACUUAAUUAGGUCCUCUAUUUCUAAUAGUUAUUUGUUCUACCUUGGUUUAUUGGUCCAGCUCUCUGUAUAACAUGUCUAAUCUUUUCUGCAAAUUAGUAAAAAACCUUCUAUAAAUUGUAGCGUCACUUGAAUGAUGCAAACCUCUGCAUUUUUAAGAAAUGUAAGAUUGUUGUUGUCACACAGCUUAGGUGAUUAGAUAAAAUAAAAGAGGGCAGUAUGAGAGUGUCAGAAGAGCAUCAGUCUAGAGAACAAAAAGCCCUGUAUUUGUCUCCCGGCGAGGCUACAGACUGUGUCGGUGACCUUGAUCCAGUCAUAUCGCUGCCCACUGUUUUCUCAUUUGAAAAUGAGGGGUUUGAACAAGAUGAUCUCUUCUUUUAUAGGUAGAAAAGUCUAUAAUUUUCUACCAUUAACAUGAUCCAAGUUGUUGAUAUCUUUAUUAGUUUGUUUCAAAUCAGAAGUCUUUCUGGGGAAGUUUAGACAUUUGAUGCUUCUCUAAGGUAGGUGGGACUGGGUAAGGUAGGUGGGACUGGGUAAGGUAGGUGUAUGAGUAUUUUAACAUGAAAAAAAUCAUAGAAAAGAGUAACUGACAGAUGGGUGUAGUCUAUAUUCUAGAUUUAAGGGACAAAUUUAUAAAUUAUAGAUUGGAGCUAGUUGUGAGACAGAUCAAGUAGCAACUUGGAAGAAAUUCUAAAAAUAUGCUAAUGAUUGCUUAAUAGGAGUUGAAUCAUAAUGUGAAAUCGAAACAGGUCUUUGCAACACUCUUCUUGUAUAUUUAGAAGAAUAAUAUGUUUAAAGAUGUGCAAGAGAUUAGCAGGUGUGUUUUUUUCUGAAAUGUUAAAUAAGCUCUCACUGUUUCUGACAUUUUCAUUAAGAUUGGAUGUUCUGUAAAUAUUAGCUCUUGAAGCCAAAGGAAGUUCAAGUUUACUAUAAACUUUUUAAAAAACAGAGUCAACUUUCUCCUUAGAGAGGAAACAUUGCUAUAAGCAGUUAUAAUAUUACCAUGUUCAUAUUGUGUUAAAAGAUAGAUCUUAAGCAGGGAAAUGAUUCUCAAAACAUGAGUCACUGAAGAAAGGACAGUUUUGUACUACUUUCUCAUACUUUUCACUUGUUUUCACCAGGAGAUCUGACAAGCAUAAAAGUGUUAACAUCUUUUAUUUUACAGAUGUUCUUAGUUUUCCCUCAAACUGUAAAAGAUGCUGUAUCAGAGUACCAUGGUAGGAAAUAAUUUCAACACCUCCUCUCACUUACGUGAUAACUUAUUAUUUGUGCUAAGCUUAUGGAUAUUUUUUGAGGGAGGGAAGGUGAAGCAAGGAAAAAUAACGUAUUGAGAUCUAAUUGUUCUCAUUUGUAGAUACAAGUCAGUCAAUCUGCUGUAUUUUAAAUUCCCUCCAAAAUAGUUUUAAAUCUGAUAGUUGGGUUAUUUUUACUUCUCUGUUCAUUGCAAGUCCCUCAUUAACGCAAGGCAGUACCAGGUGACCACCGAGAGAGUUGUUUGAUGGACACUGUGAGUUUGCGAAGUGCAAACCUGAAAGACUGAGAGAUGAGAAAUGCAUUGCUAUUUGUGAAUUUAUGUUUUAUCUCACUUCACUUGAAAAUUUAUGAGUAGCAUGGCUUAAGGGUGCUGGAGUUGUGUGUUCCAGGGCUUGCCCCUACUGAUAACACCCUUGUUGGCGUGAAAGUGCAAUGCAAAUUAUGACAGUUACAACCUUCUGUUUUGUUUAACCUGUCAGUAGAUUUCCUGGCUCAGUGCUGAGGGCAAUGGUGUGUUCAGCUAGUCCAUAUUCACCUAAACUUAAAAGGUCAGGUUUCUACAGGCAAGCCUAGUCAAAGCCUAAUUGAUGAGGAGGGCAGGGAGACAGAAUUUACUGUUCUGUUGGCUAGUUUCAUAUCGUUAGGUUGUCCUGAAAGCAUCAGGCAGUCACAGCCCCUUUCAUGUAAGUGCUGACCCUAGACAGGAGCUGACAAUCAAAGGAGGCAGCCACAGGAACCAGUGCAAGUAGGCUAUUGAUUUUUCAGUUAGGUCUAAGUAGUUUGUAGUAUGGGUAAUGGGUGACAGAAGCAGGUAUGUCAUUAUCAAUGAGCUCCAGAACAGUAGCGACAACCCAGCCUCAUAUUUCCUUCAGCACUGACAGUACGCAUCCAGAGGCGGUCAAUAAAUCGCCCAGCCUUUAACUGACAAGUGACUUGGAGGCUCAGGUUGAGAGGUGGAAGUUAUAGAGCCAAACUUCUUUACUUGAACAUGUACUAGGUCUUGCAGUGGGGUCAGUAAUUAUAUUGUAACUUUUGGAAGUUUUGUUUUGGAAAAGUCUUUGCAACUUUGAAAAUCAGAAUAUACUUAUAAGCUUUUGAGAACUUAAGAAGCCGAUUUCCUUAGUUAAGAAAUAAAGUUAGAAACAAGCCAGUCGUUUGUAAGCAUUCUCUGCGAGGCUAUUAAGCUCGGUUAUCAUGGAAUAGUUUUGCUUUUAUGUUGUACCAGCUUCUUUUUUAAGCAAAGAUAUCCCAUUUGAAAGUUCAGCUGUUAGAAAUUGCUUUUCAAAAUCCAUUUUACUUCUUAACCUCUUAAAUAUUUUAACUGCAGACCAACUUUUACUUAAAACUUGAACCAUUUGUAAAUAUGAUGUAUUAGCCACUAAGCAGUUGCUAUUUGACCUUCAAAUCCAUUUUAUAUUACUUUUCACAAUAAAAUAGUCAGAAGGAACAUUUCAUGAUUAAAGUUUGAUGAAUUAUGGUUGCUUCUGAAUUUGAAAAGAAAUGAGACUGAUUAUUUUGAAAGUAUUUCAUAUGAAUAUUUACAUUUAAAGAUAGAUACGAUUUAUGUUCACUUAAACACAGAAAGUGUGAAGAUUUUGCCUUAAAACUACACAUGUUGUAAAAGGAAUAUUAAAUAGAGUUAUUUUAAAUUUAAACCAAUCUUUUUUGUUUUUUACAAUAUGUCAGUAAUAUAAAGACACGAUAAUAUUUAUAAGUAGAAGUAGGAGUUUGGGCUGUACUGGGAUCCUUGCAAACUAUCACAUGCUUACGUUUAAAAAAGAAACCUUUAAACAAAUUGAAAUAGAACAGGAAAGUAAAUGUCUUUAAAACUUCCUUAAACAGGCUCUCGCCACAGUGUCUUGCUUCGCGCGAUGAUGGCGCACAGAACCAGAGUGUAAGUGAGGUUGUGGCAUCGUCUCUGCGGAGUGCUGUGCAUGGCCGCGUGAAUCAUUCCAUUUGUCCAAUGCAAUUAGAAAUUCUUUUUUUUCUCUCUUAGUUACAGAAUGGCACAAUGAAGAUCCUGGCAUACACAGAGGGGCUGCAUGGAAAAUGGCUGUUCACAGAGAUACGAUCGAUCUUUUCUCGUCGUUAUCUUUUGCAAAAUACAGCCCUGGAGAUCUUUAUGGCAAACAGAGUUGCUGUAAUGUUCAACUUCCCAGACCCUGCAACGGUAAAGAAAGUAGUUAACCAUCUACCUCGUGUUGGUGUUGGAACCAGUUUUGGAUUGCCUCAGACCAGGCGUAUCUCAUUAGCUAGUCCCCGUCAACUUUUUAAAGCUUCUAAUAUGACCCAGCGAUGGCAACACAGGGAGAUUUCAAAUUUUGAGUACUUGAUGUUUCUCAACACAAUAGCAGGACGGAGUUACAAUGACUUAAAUCAGUAUCCAGUGUUUCCCUGGGUGAUUACUAAUUAUGAGUCAGAAGAACUAGAUCUUACCUUGCCAAGCAACUUCAGAGAUUUGUCCAAGCCAAUCGGAGCUUUGAAUCCAAAAAGGGCAGCAUUCUUCGCAGAGCGUUAUGAAUCGUGGGAAGAUGACCAAGUUCCAAAGUUCCACUACGGUACUCAUUACUCAACUGCAAGUUUUGUUCUUGCCUGGCUGUUAAGAAUAGAACCCUUUACCACUUAUUUCCUAAAUUUGCAAGGAGGGAAAUUUGAUCAUGCAGACAGAACUUUUUCAUCAGUUUCCAGAGCUUGGAGAAACAGUCAGCGUGACACAUCUGAUAUCAAGGAAUUGAUCCCUGAAUUUUAUUAUCUCCCUGAGAUGUUUGUCAACGUCAAUAAUUAUAAUCUUGGAGUGAUGGAUGAUGGGACAGUAGUGUCUGAUGUCGAACUUCCUCCUUGGGCCAAAACCUCAGAAGAAUUUGUUCGCAUAAACAGAUUGGCCCUGGAGAGUGAAUUUGUUUCCUGCCAGCUUCACCAGUGGAUUGAUCUCAUUUUUGGCUACAAACAGCAAGGACCAGAGGCUGUCCGGUCUCUGAAUGUGUUCUAUUACCUGACCUACGAAGGAGCUGUCAACUUGAAUUCGAUAACUGAUCCUGUAUUGAGAGAGGCUGUUGAAGCUCAAAUCCGAAGUUUUGGACAGACACCUUCUCAACUGCUUAUAGAGCCCCAUCCUCCCAGAGGCUCUGCCAUGCAAGUGAGUCCACUGAUGUUCACAGACCAAGCUCAGCAGGAUGUUAUCAUGGUCCUAAAGUUCCCCUCCAACUCCCCUGUCACUCAUGUGGCAGCCAACACCCAGCCUGGCUUGGCAACUCCUGCUGUGAUCACAGUCACUGCUAACAGGCUGUUUGCCGUGAACAAGUGGCACAACCUUCCUGCUCAUCAAGGUGGUGUACAAGACCAGCCAUACCAGCUGCCAGUGGAAAUCGAUCCUCUCGUAGCCAGCAGUACAGGCAUGCACAGGAGGCAGAUCACUGACCUUCUGGACCAGAGCAUUCAAGUCCAUUCCCAGUGCUUUGUCAUCACUUCGGACAACCGCUACAUUCUCGUCUGUGGCUUCUGGGAUAAGAGUUUCAGAGUCUAUUCUACAGACACAGGAAAACUGAUCCAAGUGGUGUUUGGUCAUUGGGAUGUUGUCACUUGCCUCACCCGUUCUGAGUCAUACAUUGGGGGAAAUUGCUACAUUCUGUCAGGAUCACGUGACGCAACCCUUCUGCUGUGGUACUGGAAUGGAAAAAGCAGUGGGAUUGGUGAUAACCCAGGCAGUGAGACCACUACUCCUCGGGCUGUUCUGACAGGCCACGACUAUGAGGUCACAUGUGCUGCGGUCUGCGCUGAGCUGGGUCUGGUGUUAAGUGGCUCUAAAGAAGGACCAUGUCUCAUACAUUCCAUGAAUGGAGACCUGUUGAGGACUUUGGAGGGUCCUGAAAAUUGCCUGAAACCAAAGCUCAUUCAAGCCUCAAGAGAGGGUCACUGUGUCAUAUUCUAUGAAAACGGCCUCUUCUGUACGUUCAGUGUGAAUGGAAAACUCCAGGCCACUAUAGAAACAGAUGAUAACAUAAAGGCCAUGCAGCUGAGCCGGGAUGGGCAGUACCUGCUCACGGGAGGAGACAAUGGAGUGGUCAGGGUGUGGCAGGUGUCUGACCUCAAGCAGCUCUUCACCUAUCCAGGCUGCGAUGCUGGGAUCCGGGCCAUGGCCUUGUCUUAUGACCAGAGGUGCAUCAUUUCCGGCAUGGCCUCAGGGAGCAUCGUCCUCUUCUACAAUGACUUUAACCGGUGGCAUCACGAAUACCAAACCCGCUACUGAGGAGUCAGCGCGUCGGCCCUGCCCGCACUGGGCAGGGGAAGUACCCCAGCAUCGUUCUCUUAGAAAUAGCUAUUACAUCUGAAUGUAACUUCAAUUUGCUCUAAGAAGCAAAAUAUUUUUUAAAGUUAAUUGCUAUUUUUGUAGACUUUGCUUGACUUUUUGGGGGGGAAUAGCAAAGCAGAAAACUGGCUGCUGGGUUCUGUAGUUUUCAAAAAUCUAUAUUUUUAGUCAUAAUGAGAAGUCUAUUUUCACCAAUUAUGAAAACUUACAAUGAGGUGAGAAAGCCGACUAAUUGUAGCUAUAUUAUGAAGAAACCUUUCCCAUUUCUCUAUAAUCUUGAGAUGCGUGAUUUUAACAACAGGGAAAUGGGUUAGAUACUGGGAUGGGGGGUUUUAUGCUGUACUUUUUUCCAUAACAGUUGUACUUCUUUAGCAAUGUUAAAAUUAUGGUAAAUGUAAUUUAAAACAUCGCAAUGAAUUAUUUCUAUCAAUAUUAUUGUUUAAGCAUACCUAGGAAAUUAUGGUUUGAGGGAGGUUAUUUUAUUAUAUGGUUAACAAAGAAUCUAAUGUUACAGCAAGUGUGAAAUAUCUACAGUUUUUUUCCCUGACCUAUCUUUAUAGCACACCCAAAUGAUGGAAAUGGUCUCGGACUCACAACUUUGUUUCAUUCACUUUUAAAGUCAAUGCAAGUACCAAAGCUUGCCCUUGAGGGUUGGCCAUGGCCAUGAUCCGAGGUGGAGCCACCCAGGCUGGGUGGCCGUACCCUGGGUUUGAGAACUGAGGCUACCAGGUGCUGUAUUAAGCAACACCCAUCUUACUCCUUUUGUUAUUAAACUGUCUACACCUUCCUUUUUUGAUUAGCAAUUUGUACUAUGAAACAAUGUUAUUUUGGUGUUGUAUACUUCUACUUUUCUAGUAGAUUGCUGUGUGGAAUUCUGUGAAAAAUAUUUGAGAAAAGUCUGUAUUGCAUAAAUAAAUUCUUUGUAUGUUGUGAACUUUGAGUUGAAACUGACACUCCAUCUCUAUUUCUCUUCCAACUUACAGAGCUCUCGUUUUUCUUCCCCUACACAUUCAUCUAUUCUUUAAAUGCAAAGAUUUGCAAUGGAGAAACUGAAGUUGAUAGAAAAAGUGAAUAAAAUGGUAAUUGUAAUUGAAUUGCUGGAAUUAUCUUUUUUACUCGUAACUCUUAAAUACUGAUAAAACAGUUAUUUGCAAAGAAAUCGCCAAACUCUGGUUUAGUCAUGAUUUUGAUCAAUAACCAUUAAGAGACAGACUUCCUUGAAUGAAAGCAGGAAGAUGGGCCUUCUCUGGCUGAAGUCUCCAUCUUGUUUGACUUCCCCAAAUAGGAAAACUAGACCUGUAUCUGAGAAGUGACAAAAUAAGGGACCUUAUCAUUUUGUCUGCAAUGUACCAUUAUUUUAUAAACCAUUAGGAAGGGAAAUAGAUAGUAUGAUGCAGGAGAGAGGGAGGGAAAGAAUUUCUUAGAAUCAAAUACCCUAAGUUACUGGCAAAUUCACUGACCAAACCACCUCACCAGUAUUAACUCUGAGGCAAAUAUGAUAUUUUGGAAACUUUACAGAAAACGGUAGAAGAAAACCAGCCAUACCUAAGUCAUAUAUAUGCCAGACACAUGAUACUUUACCUCACCGUAAGAAGCCUAUUGCAAGGUUAAUAGGCAGGUUCCUCUGGGAACCUAGAAAUAUUCAGUGCCUCCACUGCCUUCAUUCUUUUAAAACUUACAUCCUAAAAUUAUGGAAAAUUAAGCAAAACACAAGUAAUACUUCAUAAAACAAUGUAGCUGACAUCAACACAAGGGCUUCUUUAUGACAGAAUCUGUUUAGUAUGGGGAAACCCUGGUGGAGUAGUGGUUAAGAGCUAUGACUGCUAACCAAAAAGUCAGCAGGUCAAGUCUACCAGGCGCUCUACUCUGUCCUAUAGGGUUUCUAUGAGUUGGAAUCAACUAGACGGCAAUGGGUUUUGGUUUUUUUGUUCAGUAUGGUAUUUUUUAGGACUUACUCAACAUUCACUUAUUUUAUCCAAGUUUAACUCCUUUAAAUAAAAACAAAACCAUUAAUUCAAAUAAAUGUAAACCAAUCAGGAAAAAAAGUCAAAGUAGAGGUAGUUUUCUGAUGAAAUAGAGUGACCUAGAACGGAAGGGAAAUGCUGGCACAUCGCUAAGCGGAGCAGUGGCUGAAAGUGCGUGUUUGGUUUACAUACAGUAACUUAAAGCUGGUUUAAAACCGCAUCACCUCAAGAAAUUCAGAUUUUUCUCUCCAUAGAACUGACUCGUGUUGACAUAUAACCAGUCAUGUCCUUGAAGCUCUGUAGUUUAAGAAAUACUACUAGAUCUCUGGGGAGAAAGCACAAGGACUCAGAAAAUAGAGAACAUGAAAACUGACCCCCAGACACAAACUUGUAGACAACUCACUCACAAAAUCCUAUCCCAAAAUAUGCCAAACACCCAUAAAUAUUUUUUUAUAAAUUAAAUACAAUAAAAAUAACCAAUUUGCCCCUUGAAAUCUCAUCACAUUUCAGUUCUACUUAGCAUACAAAACGGGAAGAUUCAAAAUAUCUUGCCUGGGAACCACGAGCAGCUGUAGGUAGGACAACAGUCCAGAUCUUAUCCUGGGGCUGCUCUUGUUCAUUCAGUGUCCUCACACCACCAUCAUCAGAGGGGCAGUAAGAUGGCAGUGGCCACUUGAGCCAAGUUUACAUGAGAUGGCCAGGGAAUGCCAGGCUCCGACAUCCACUGUUCGCCCUUCUCAGCAAGCCUUGCAGCCUGAGAAAAUUCGAGACUCUCCACAGCUGCUCUUAGCAAACAUGACUGAAUUAAACAGUGUGUGGCAAUUUAGAUCUACCAAGAUACUUGUCAGGAUAGAGAUUUUCAUUAGGUAUCUUUGAUAUGUUUUCACUGGAUGUAAUUUCAAGAGCUCCUGGCCAUGCAAAUAAUGGGCCUGGUUUGGUCCUUCCUGCUGCGUCACUAAUGAAGGCAGCAGACCAAUGACACAGGCCACUUCUGGAUCAAGAAGCACAAAUGUCUUUCAUGUAAGCAGUUGGAGAAGUUGUGGCACCCAUGUGUGUGUAUGUGUGUAUGUGCAUGUGUAUAUGUAGAGUAUAGAGUAGCAGACAGCCCCACAGCCUCACUUCAUCAGGUAAAAUCGGAUUAGGCCAAACCACAUCUAUAAACAGGGAAGGAAGGGGGACAUGCCUUAAAUUCCAAAAUCUGCAUAACCUUUUCUUUCCCCAUUGUCAUCAAGUUGAUUCUGGCUCAUGGCAACUCCAUCUGUCAUGUCAGAGUUGAACUGUGCUCCUAGCUGAUUUUUUACCAGGCCUUCCUUUUCAGGUGCCUCUGUGUAGACUCAAACCUCCAAUCUCUUGGUUAGUAGUCCAGCAUGUUAAUCAUUUGCACCACCCAGGGACUCCCAUACCCAUACACAAACCCACUGCUGUCAAGUCGACUCAUAGCGACCCUAUAGGACAGAAUAGAACUGUCCCAUAGAGUUUCCAAGAAACAACUGGUGGAUUUGAACUGCCAGCCUUUUGGUUAGCAGCCGUGGCUCUUAACCACUGUGCCACCAGGGCUCCCAUAGAUAAUGCCAGUGCCUCUAAUUGCCAGUUCCUGCCUUAUGAGGGGCUUGCAGCAGAAGCAAGGAUGCUGCAAUGUUUCAGAACUUCCUGCUUCUUAGGAGGAAGCAAAAGACCAUAAAACAGCAAAAAAAAAAAAUGUUUUCUUCUGUUCUCAUGAGUGGGAGAAACAUGCAACACCAUUUUUCUUUUAGACAGAUUAGAAAAGUUGAGCUCAUAAUGCGUCUCCCCAGGGAUUUUACCAUAUUUCUUGGGUCCCUGGAAGUCACGAGAUCACUUUAAAAACGCAAGGCUACUACUGACACUGACACAUCUCUCUGGCCCUCGUUCUAUGAACCAGAAAUGCAGAUUACCCAGAUGAGGCGCUUCACAUUUUUCUUUCUAAUGAAAAUGAGUGUGGUUUGGCCUUUAGGCAAGCUAUCUUCCUUGAGACAGAUUGCUCCUCUGGACACGGAAGAAGGCAAUCCACAACCGUUCCGGUGAAGUUGGAGACCUUGGAGACCUCAGGGGUCAUAUUCCACAGCCAUGAAGUGAAUUAUUUUUCUGUCUCUAAGUUCAGCAAUAAUUUUUCUUUUCCAGAAACAAGAUUUUGGGUGUGGCACAGUGAGUCAGCUCCCAUAAAGACUACAGCAGUUUUACUUUGUCCUGUGGAACUCUAUGAGUCAGAAUUGACUGGACAGCAGCUGGUUUGGUUUGGGGCAGGCUUGUGUUAUUUCCACUGAUGGUUGUCCCAUCCUCACAAUUCACCACACUCAACCCCCACAAUGAGGCCAUUCUGACCACACUGAAGGCCCCCGGUGUCCAGCUCUGUCCAAAAUGAAAGGCUUGUCUAUGUUUGAAACGAAGUCUUUGAUGACGUCUAUACCAGGUA